AUGACCGACCACGAGGAGCAUGCGCCUAUCGUCUCCCACGGCCGUGGAGGCUUUCCGAACGUAACUGACAUCGCAUUGCAUCGCGAAGGCCAGGGGAACAUCGGCCCUGACAGCAACGAGUACAUCGACGGCGGCAUCGUCCGCGAAGGCCCAGUUGGCGACCAAGGCGACGGCGCUUACUCCGCUGGUCGCGGCGGCGCCGGAAACAUCGGCUCUCCUCACGUAAAGCCGGCGAAGCAGCCCCACGACACGGAGUUCAUCCCAGAGAUCUCAGUGCGGCAGUCUGUGGACGGGGACUACCACACUGGCCGCGGCGGCCAAGGGAACGUGCACCUAGACCCCGAGCACAAGAAGGCCAAGGAGGAGGAGAAGAAAGAGGAGAAAGAGGAGAAGAAGGCUGGGGUUGCGCAUGAAGGGUUGGCGGAUAAGCUGAAGCAUAAGAUCUUUGGGAAGAAGUGA